GAAAGGUUUUAUCCAAGCAUCCAGCUCCCUCCAGACUUGUGCAGGCUGUGGAUGUCUAUAAUGCCCCGCAGCCUCACCCCAGGCUCUGACCUUUCACCUCUGACUCCCCACCCUCUGCUUCCCAGCCUGCCAGGGAGAGGAUGGGAGGCCAGCCAAUCCCAGAGGCCCCUGGCCCCACCCCUGGCCAGCAUGACCUGGAAUGUAUAAAUACACCUGCCAGGAGCACACGCCCAGAGAACUAACACCUGCUCCGGACAGAAAUCCACACCUGGAAGAGCGCACGCAUCCCCCUGCAGCCCACCUGCUUGGACAGAGCAGAGGGCACACCUGCCAGACUAGUGCCACUGGGACAGCUGCUGGCAGCCAGCUCCACAGAGGGACACCUGCCAGGUGGAGCACAGGCCUACCCAGUUCAGGGGAGCUGGGCAGGAGAGCUCGGAGCCUGGCCGUGGCCAGCCAAGAAGCUCAUGCCGAGGCCCUACUGACCUCCACCCACCAGCUCAGCACCAUGCCAUCCAGUCAGCAGGUAUGGCACACGGCCGUGCCACCCCCCAGCCGGAGCAGCCCAACAGCCAUGGGGCCCAGGUCCCCCAGCUCAGCCAGCAGCCCCAGGUCCCCCGGGACCCCCAGCACCCCAGGCUCCGAGAAGGUGGCCUCCCCUCUAGAGUGCUCCAUCUGCUUCUCGGGCUAUGACAACAUCUUCAAGACGCCCAAGGAGCUCUCCUGCAGCCACGUCUUCUGCCUGGAGUGCCUGGCACGGUUGGCAGCUGCCCAGCCGACAGGCCAGCCUGGUGGCGAGGCUGUGCCCUGCCCGUUCUGCCGGCAACCCACAGCUGUACCUGCUGCCGGGGCCCCUGCACUGCGCACCAGCCGCCAGCUGCAGGCCAAGCUGCCAGGGCACCUGCGACAGGAGGAGCCCGUGUGGCUGGAGGGCACGAGACUGUGCUGCCGCCCCUCGCCCUCGGCCAGCGGCCUCCCAACACCUGGCUUCGUGAGUGUGGAUGUGGGUCUGAGCAAGCCCACUCAACCCACUGUGCCCACACCUGCCCCGGGACCUGCCCAUCAUCGGGGCCGCCUGGCCCGCUGCUGGGCCCGCUGUGGGGACUGGAGGCGCAUGGCGCUCAUCACAGCCCUCCUGCUUGUGCUGUUCUGCGUGGUGCUCUGGCCGGUGCAGUGUGCCCUCAAGACCGGGACCCUGCGCUGCCUCCCCCGGGCCCCCACCGCUGUCACCACCACCACCACCACCACCUCUCUUGGGCCCCUGGCUGACAACUAGGGUUGGCCACCCCACCACAGCUCCACGUGUGAGUCUUUGACCCACACUGGGGUCACGGGAGUGCAGCAGCUGUUGGGAGUUGCUCUCCCAAUCCCCAGAGGAGCCCCAACAUCUCUGAGAACCCCAUACCCUAUUCAGCUCACCUGCCCCCAACUCUAUGGGGCUGGGUUCUCGUGGGUUGGUCAGAAUGGUCCCCAAAGCCUCCAAGAAUCACAGGCUCCUAUGGGCCCCAGAGUCUACCCACUAACUCCCAUCAUACAGGUGGGGAAAACGGCCCAGGAGAGGCUGCCGGGUAGGCCCCUCCCUGUAGGCGCAGUGAAUGGCCCCUUGCUGAGGAGGGAGGGGCUCGCCGAGCUUAUUUUCACAUUUCACCCACUACUCCUUCCCAGACUCCUCCCCGAGGGUGGGGCAUGCUAAACCCCCUCCAACUAGGGGGACCCACAGAAGGCAGUGGCAGGGAGCCCAGCCCCCGCGAGUCCAUCCCACCCUCCUGAAUUGCACAUUUUUUAAUAAAUUAUUUUGUAUCCACA